AUGUCCGGCCCAUAUGCUGCUGGUUUGGGCAUGAAGAAGAGGACAAUCAGCCACGUGUCCACCACCGACGACGAAGAAAACGAAGAAAAAUUUUUUUCUUCCAACGACGCCAUGCCUGUUCCGACGAAAAGACGGCGAGUCACACAUGCCGACGCAGAAGUAGUCCCAAAAUUUCGACCAGAAGACAGCAACAGCAGCGUCAGUAGCUGGCUACACAAGAUCGACCAGCUGGGAGACGUCUACGGAUGGGACGCGACCGAGAAGCAGUUCGUGAUGCAACUCCGCCUGCGAGGUUCAGCUCGACGUUGGUAUGACGAGCUAGAAAACUAUAAUCUACGCUGGGAAGACUGGAAAAGUGCACUACGAACUGCAUUUCCACGAUCAACCGACUACGUGGAUCGUCUUGAGGCCAUGUUGUCCAGAACAAAAAGAGACACGGAAACCAUGACAAACUAUUUCCACGACAAAGUUUCACUCCUCAAAAAGUGUGAAAUAGAAGGUGAAAGUGCAAUCUCGUGCAUUAUUCGUGGUCUGCCUGUGGAACUGCGCGCUAAUGCUAAAGCGUAUCAAUGCGAAACACCCGAGCUUCUCUAUUACGGCUACCUGUCGUCACUAGAAAACUACCGAAAAGUCGAAGCGGCUGCAUCAACCAGGCGGUCAACGUGGAGAAGAGCUAGUCCGAGGUCAAAUGGCCAAGUUGAGCGUGUCAACCGCACUAUCAUAGAUGGUCUCAAUACAAUGUCGGAGAGCGAGAGUACUUGGGACGAUAAACUUGCUGAUAUUGUGUGGGGAAUCAACAAUACGCCUAAUGCUACUACCUCAUUCCCCCCAUUCAAACUUAUGUUCGGACACGAAAACUCCCGUUUGCCGGCCUACCCUACUAAUAGGCCUACUUCUCAAGAGGAAGCUUUAAAAGAUAGGAGAGAGAACGCAAAGUUACAUAGCUGUUCAUCUAGUGAUAAAGAUGUGGAUAGAGAUGAUUUAAUAGAUUUGCUAGAGAGCUAA